AAGAUAGUAGCACAUUAAAUUAUCAUUAUCAAUUACUCCUCAUAGAGAGAGUGAGUGAGAAUUAUGGAUGUAGAAGCGGAAGAGACGGUGAGGGAGCUGAGAGCCGCCUACACCACCGGAAAGACCAAGAGUUUCGAGUGGCGGGCUUCGCAGUUGAAAGCUAUACAGGAGAUGCUCACUCUUCACACACACCAAAUAAUCCAAGCUCUGCGCUCCGAUCUCAACAAACCAGAAUUUGAAGCAGUUAUCCAUGAGAUUUGUGUAGUAUCAGCAUCAUGCAAAUUGGCGUUGAAGGAAUUGCAUCGAUGGAUGAAACCCCAAAAGGUGAAAACUACAUUAAUCAGUUUUCCAUCGUCGGCCAAAAUCGUGUCAGAACCUUUGGGCCUAGUGUUAGUUAUUUCAGCUUGGAACUUUCCAUUUGCACUAUCACUUGAUCCGGUGGUGGGGGCCAUCGCUGCUGGUAACGCUGUCGUCUUGAAGCCAUCGGAGAGUGCCCCUGCCACGUCAUCGCUGCUUGCUCAGCUUGUGGAGAAAUACAUGGACACAUCAGCUGUGAAAGUGGUGGAGGGGGCAGUCUCCCAAACCACUGCAUUGCUACACCAAAAAUGGGAUAAGAUAUUCUACACUGGAGGUGGCGAGGUGGGGCGUAUCGUGCUAACUUAUGCGGCCAAGCAUCUAACUCCGGUCGUAUUGGAGCUUGGUGGCAAGUGUCCAGCCGUCCUUGAUUCUAAUAUCAAUUUAAAGGUAGCUGCAAGAAGAAUAAUUGCCGGAAAAUGGGGUUGCAACAGUGGGCAAGCCUGCAUUUCCCCUGACUACAUAAUCACUACAAAAGACUUUGUUUCUCAACUGGUAAAUAUUAUGUCAGUUGAACUUGAGAAAUUCUUCGGAAAAGAACCUCUGCACUCAAAGGAAUUGUCAAGUAUCAUCAACACCCACCAUUUUAACCGGUUGGUUAAAUUAUUGGACGACGGCCAAGUUUCUGGUAAGAUCGUUUGUGGAGGCGAAUGCGAUGUAUCGAAUCUCAAGAUUGCUCCGACGAUUAUAUUGGACGUCUCAAGAGAUUCUGUCAUGAUGGACGAGGAAAUUUUCGGUCCCAUACUUCCCAUAAUAACGGUUGAUAAGAUUGAGGAGUGUUUUGGGGUGAUCAAUGGUAAGGAGAAGCCACUAGCGGCAUAUCUCUUUACGAACAACAAGAAGUUGGAGGCGAAGUUCGUUACGAACAUAUCAGCGGGUGGUAUGAUCAUCAAUGAUACUAUUCUACAUUUUCUAGAGCCGGGUUUACCGUUUGGAGGUGUAGGCGAAAGCGGGAUGGGAGCAUAUCAUGGCAAGUUCUCAUUUGAUGCUUUCAGCCACAAGAAGCCUGUCUUAAAACGGAGUUUUGCAAUUGAUAUAUCUGCUAGAUAUCCACCUUACACGCCCGGAAAACGUCGCUUUCUCAGUGCAGUUGUACAAGGCAAUUUACUUGACAUUCUUCGAUCAUUGGGCAGUUGUUGGUAACUUCUAGUUCUUACAUUUUUAGUUGAUCGGCUAAGAAUGACUACUACUAAAUUAUGCAUGUGGAAGUUAGGGUAUCUGUGUGUGUGUGUGUGUGUGUGUUUGUUCUAUGGGGGGAGCCAGGUUAAAUGUACAAGAUUUAUUCCAGGUAUUGGAUAUAUGUACUUCAAUUACUGUGUGGCAAGAAGAUUUUGUCUUUCAUAGACAUACAUUA